AUGGCCAAAUCGUUGAGAUCCAAGUCCAAGUUGAGAGCCAAGUCUGUCAAGAGAAAGGGCGAGUUCGCCAACUUUGUCGACGGCAGAAACAAGCGUCUCUCGGAGAAGAUGGAGCAGGAAUUGCUCAAGCAGAAGGAGGCAGCCUUGGCCAAGAAGAAGGACCAGGCCGACGCCGAGGGUGCCGAGGAGCCUGCCGUGCCCGAGCAGGACAUGGACGUCGACAAGACCCCCAAGAAGAUCAGCACCUCGGGGUGGAGAGACUCCAGAAACCAGAUCUACAAGAAGAAGCAUCUCAAGAAGAAGGCCAACAAGAGCACCAACUACUAG